AAAACUAUAUAUAUAACGAUCAUAAAACCAAAAGGAAAAAGUUAUAUACAGCCGCAAGCAUUGUUGUGUGAGGAAAACAUAAAAAAACGCAAAAACAAAACGAAAAAAAACAAACAAAAAAGCGUAUAUAACACAAAUUAAAACGCAAUUGUGGAGUCUAAAUGAAGGAGCAGCAGCAGCAGCAGCAACGGCAAAAGCAACAACAACCACACACGCAGAAGAAAGAGUAACAUACAUUGGAAUUAUAAAGAGAGACUAAAGUUCGGAGAGAAAGACGAGAGCAGCAGCAGGGCAGCUGGUUUUGAUGUUGUUGUUGUUAUACAAAGUGACAACGGGAGCAGAAAAAUGUCAACGUUCUUGAACAAUUUCUUCCCGGCAGAUACGGCUGCUAUGGAUCCAAUUUUCUUUUCACCUACGAAUGGAAUACCGUCAGAGAGUAAACUCGCCACAUAUAUGAAUCGUCAAAAUGUUGCCACGCCGACGGGUUACGGGUUGAAUAACGGGUUCUCACUACUUAAUUUGGAUUCGCCCCUACCAGUUAAUAAAAAGUCUCAGGUAACGCCGCAGUCGCCUGAAUUCAUUCCAACGCGCAUCAAUUCGUCUCCAAAUUUUUACGCACCACCACCAUAUCAUAACGGGCCCAUGCAAUUGACUAAUGGGCUCAAUGGCGUCAAUGGUUUAACUGCAGCAGCGGCAGCAGCAGCAGCAGCCGCAGCCGCUGCAGCAGCAGCAGCAGCAUCAACAGCACCCACAUCAUCCACAUCGGCAGCGGUGGCUGCUGCCGCCGCCGCCGCCUCUUCUGUGACAAUAAGCAACAAUAACAACAACAACAAGACGGCAAAUGGCACUAAUUCCAUGCUAUCUAUGCAGAAAACGGUCUCAAUAGCAGCCACAGCCGCUACAAUUGCUCAACAACAACAACAACAGCAGCAACAACAGCAACAGCAGCAGCAACAACAACAGCAGAAGCAACAACAGCAACAACAACAACAACAAUCGUCGUUGGUGAAUGCCGCAAAUACUGUAACAGUUACGGCCAGCUCGGCGCCAAUUGCAAUUAGUGGAGCACCACCGAAUCCAGCUGCGGCACCCUUUGUCAGCAGCAUGUCCGCACAAACGCCGCUUAAGGGACGUGGUGGCGGCGGUGGAGUAGGUGGUGGCGGUGCCAUACUUGGGCGUCAGGAGUCACCCACAACAGGGUCAUUGGGUGAAAAAUCACCGCCUCAUGGGAUGACACCGCAUGGUGCAUCCCCCAUACCCACCACAUUGCCAACAAGUGUACAUCAGGAAAACGUCGGAGGCACCAUAUACUUUUAUCCAACUGCCAACGCACAGAAUAGCCAACCAGUUGGCGUUAAUAAUGUUGUUGUCGAUGCAACGCAUCCAGCUCAUCAUGGUGUCAGUGCUGUGGCGCCAUUAAGCUCCGUGAGCGGUGUACCAUCGGGCCUACUAUAUACGGGUCAUGUCUAUCCGGGACCAGCAUCCAAUGUCAUAGCCAUGCAGCCCAAAACUCAACUGGAAUCGGCCUUUUUCAUACCCGACGAAAUGCGUUCCGAAAUUCUUGCCCGCAACGAGAUCUCCAAUUUGAUUAUGGAUGCAGCGGAGGCAGCACAACAUGCCCUACCGCUGGACGUGGAUAACUAUCAUGCCCUAUAUCCAUUAGAACCGCCGGCACAACCCUUGCAUGCCAAGCUCACAUUGCCCGCGAGUACAUACCGAGCCACGCACAAUACAACAGGCUUAAAAUACUGCCUGAGAAGAUUACAUGGCUUUCGUUUGCAGUCAACAAAGUGUAUGACCUUGGUGGAAAUGUGGAAGAAGUUGCAGCACACGAAUGUGGUGCAACUACGUGAGGUGUUCACGACAAAAGCAUUUGGUGAUAACUCUUUAGUAUUAGUGUACGACUACUAUCCCGGCUCACAAACAUUGCUGGCCAAAUACUUUACGCCAACGCCAGAGACCAAUAACUACACAGAUCCAUUCCAAGGCGAGGCCCGCCCAUUCAGUCAUAAGAGCAACAUGCAGCGUACAAACAAUGGACCAUUGCUACCGGAAUCGACCAUAUGGUCAAUUAUAAUGCAACUAACCGCUGGCCUGAGGGCUAUACAUCAGGCGGGAUUGGCCUGCAAGGUACUUGAUCCAACCAAGAUCAUAGUGACGGGCAAACGUGUCCGAUUUAGUUCUUGUUGCAUAUCAGAUAUAACGCAAUUUGAUCCAAAUGCGGCAAAUCCUUUGGCGCUCGUCAAUAUGCAUCAGCAGGACGAUUUGACUGCUUUGGGUCGCCUGGUUUUGGCCUUGGCCUGCCGCUGCCUACAAUCCGUGCAACGUGAUAAUGUCCAAUCUAGCAUUGAUAUGGUCACACGAAACUACUCCACCGAUCUGCGCAAUUUCAUUGUUUACCUCUUUACCACAAAUAACCGCCGCUCUGUUACCGAUCUGAUGCCCAUGAUUGGAGCACGUUUCUAUACACAAUUAGAUGCUCUGCAAAGUCAAAUUGAUAUGCAAGAGGAUGAAUUGGCCAAAGAGAUGGAAAAUGGGCGACUCUAUCGCAUUUUGGUCAAAUUGAAUAGCAUCAAUGAACGUCCCGACUUUAAUUUGGACUGCACUUGGUCAGAGACUGGUGAUAGAUACAUGUUGAAAUUAUUCCGUGAUUAUUUGUUUCAUUCCGUCACUGAGGAUGGCCGCCCAUGGUUGGAUCACGCACACAUCGUACAAUGCCUCAAUAAGCUGGAUGCUGGCUCGUUAGAGCGCGUACAACUCAUGUCACGCGACGAGCAAUCGGUACUAAUUGUCUCCUAUGCUGAACUCAAGAAUUGUCUGGAGAAUGCCUUCUCCGAACUGAUGUCGAGCACCUAAAAAAAAGAAUGAAAAAGUAAAGAAAACAAAAAACAAGAGGACGACACUUUUAUAUAAUGAAAUGAACAACCCCAAAAAUUGAAGAUAGAAAGGAAAAGCAAACAAAACACGCGCAGCUUACUGUUGGGUCUCAUCUAUUUGACUGAGCAAUGAGAGGCAAGCAAAAAUUCUACAGUAACUAUACGGGAAUUUUUGCAUUGCCGCCCAUUGCACAGCCAACUAGAUGAGACCCGCAACCCCUAAUAUGCCCAAAACAUCAUACACCACCAACCUUUUAAACAAGAAACAGAAAAAAACGAAAAAUCCCCACAAAAAGAACAUAAAAAAACACACCUCCACUCCUAAAAUGCACGACCAUAAGCGACUAUGAUUAAGAAGUUUUUUUUUUUUUAAUAAUUAAUAAGAAACGCAUUCAUUAUAACUAAGACAUUUUGGCUUGUGCCGAGAACCAUAUAAAAAAAGAAAGGAAAACCAAUUAAAAUACGAAAAAAGUUUACAUUGUUGUUAAGACACACAAAAAAAAAAAGCGGAAGAGAUAAGAAUAAAAGGACGAAAGCAAGAAGAGGAAAUACACAGAUGAAAGGUAGAGAUAAAGUUUAGAAAUAUAAAGAUAAAAGUACAGAUAUCCAAUGUUAUGUUAGCUCUUAACUAAAUUUUAGGCAUUUAAUGAAACAAAACUACAUCAAAUAAACCAACAACAAGCAACUUAA